AUGGCUACUGCUCCACAGAGCCAAGAAGAAUGUACUGAUUCUGGGUUCAAGAGCUUGGAGAACAAACAUAAACCAAUAUUCUUGAAGGAACUGAAUAAAAUAUGGUAUAAGAAGAAUGUUUCUGCUACUCUGCCGAUGCGCGGCGGACAAUUUUCUUCAUCAAAUACAUUGUUAAUAGAUGAUGAGCCCCGCACAGCCUUGCUCAAUCCUCCUAACAUAGCAAUCUUUACUCACAAGUACAAGGGUGACAAUGGCAAUGACACUCUUUUAGGUCCGGAGGGAGAGCUGCAACUGUUUUUGAAGGGUUUGGCUGACGUAGAUGAUGUUUCUUCCUAUGUGAAAGAACACCGAUUUGGACAACCAGCAAUAACCUCCUCACAUUCUGAUUGGGAAUACUAUUCCAAGAUCAUCCCCCACUGUCAAAACGAAGGAACCUAA